AUGAGUUCAGAAUACAUUGCCUCGCUCUUUUAUAUCCGUUCACAAUUCGCUACCUAUGUUUCAAUUCCGAUCUGUAUUCUCUGUUCGAUCAGUGAAUUAUUCAGUAUUAUUGUUUUCCUCAGUCUCAAAACCUUUCGACAAAGUUCCUGCGCGUUCUAUCUGAUGUCCAUGUCAGUGUUUAAUUUUAUUCGACUGGUAUUCGGCACAUCCCUUAUUAUUAUCUCAACAGCAUUUCCAAUUAAUUGGACACCUGCUUUAUUGUAUUAUUGUCAACUUCGAACUUCGAUUAUCGGUUUGUGUUAUUUGGGCGCAAUAACAACAUUGUGUUUAGCAGUAAUUGAUCAAUACUUCGCGACAAGCGCUCGGCCACAAUGGCAGCGAUGGUCGAAUAUCAAACUCGCUCAUCGUCUCGUAUUGGUUAUUACAAUUAUUUGGGCUCUUCACGCAUCACUGUUCUUUAUUUAUUUCAAUCAAUUAGCAUUGUCCAAUACGUCAACGUGCAUUGCAACCAAUCAGAUUUUUGUUCAGUAUUAUAUUUAUGGAUAUUUUUUCACAUAUGGAAAUUUUUUUCCGUUGGUUUCUGCAAUGUUUGCUGUGUUGGCUUUCGAAAUGCUCGAAGUUUGGCAACUCGAACAAACCCAGUCGUUCGAAGAGAAUUGGACAAACAACUGA